CCUGAGCACUCUGCUCCCUACAUCCUAAAUUACAAGUCAAAGUGCAGCCUCCAGAACACUACUCAGUUGUUCCCACUGCUCCAUAUCAAGAUUUGUUAUGCUGUAAUCAUUGCGUUGUCUCUGAUAAAUGUAAAACAUCUAAGCCCUUUUUUUAUAUUUGAGUAGAAACACACAGAGCCACAAACAUCUGGUCUGUCUGGACCAAGAAAGCAGAAAUUACAUUUCCCUAAAACUGAACAGGCAGAAGAUUUUGCACAAAGAACACAAGGGAUAAAAGAUUAAUUGCAUAUAGAGCACAGAAAGAAUAACUUUUUCUUUGAAAUACUGAAUAUCAUUAGUAACAUUAAAGAGGAAUAACAGUUUCCUGGAUUUAUUUGGAAAAAGAAAUCCACACUUCUUAGGCAAUGCAAUUCAUCCUUCCAUUUUCUCCUUGUAUGCAGGCCAGAAGACUUUUCCAUUGAUGCUGUAGCUUGCAUUUCUGUAAACAGCGUGCUGUGCAUGGAAAUAGUGUAUGAGGGGAAAAUCAAAAAUCCAGAGUUAGGAGCAAAAACCCAGCCUGUCCUGCUGUCAGGCAACAGAACAGCGCUUUGUAAAAAGAGACUCAUCUGGAGACAUGAUGAAGGCCUACAGAAUUAUGAAGCCAGUGGAAAUCAGGGUUAAGGAUCAAUGUCUACUUGUUAUCCUGUAAAAGAAUCAGGAGGCAGCAAGUGAAACCAGAAUCAGACUACUAGGGAAAAGUCUCAAAGACACUUGAUCUUUUCUUACACACUCCUAGACACCUGCUGAUUGCCAUGGUUGAAGAGAACAAUCCCUAGGCAGACCUCAGGUCUGACGAGCAAGGGCUCUAAUUAGGGAUUUAUCUGUUUAUCUGUUAGCUAAUCCAGCUGUAUUUGCUGCAAGCUGUAAAGUGAUAGGAAAACCAGAUGCUUAAUUCCAUAGCUUCUGGAAUAGCUACUGUUCAGUAUUAGCUAAGGCUAUUUAGAUCAUAUGCUCUAAGGCUAUUUAUAAACUACAGACAGUGAUAGAUAUGGUUAUGGUAAGUGGAAUUCAGUCUGGCAUAUGUAAAUCUCUGAGACCUUCAUGGUCAGUCAGAGAAAAAUAACCUCCAUUCAUUCAUAUCUGACCCUGUCCUUUGUUUCUUUGACUUCCCCAUUACCUGGCAGAGGAACAGUAAUGGCAGUCCUUAAUGUUUAACCCAAAUAAGGCCAACUUAUAUUAUAGUAUUUGCCUCUGCUGCUAAAUCAAUGGCUGAACACCUCUGACUUUGUCUGAAUAAUCCUUUUUUGUGAUUCCAUAUUCAGUUUUCUUUAUUUUCAUCAUAAUCGGAAGAAAUCUUCUCUUUACAGGGUCAAAUUUAAAUUUGCACAAGUGCCUCAUGUUAUUUCAGAAGCAGAGUGCUACAGCAGCUUUUAGAAUUUUCCUUUUCCCAAAUUCAAAGCAGCAAAUAACUUAGAAGUUUUUGCUUUAGAAGAAGCAGUCAUCCUCAAGAAACAAAAUCCACCUUAGCUCAGGCAAAGCAACUCAUCAGAUCAUAUUUACAUAUUCUGUGUGUUCUCAAUGGUACUACAGAGUCUCAGUGGUACUAUUGCUUAUUUCAGUGCAGCUGGAUUUGAAUUCACCAAAAGAAUACUGGAAAUAUUCCUGAUGAAGUUAUCUCAGCAUAUAAAAAAGGGUUUUUUUUAAUGUACAUGAGUAUAAGGACAAGGAGAGCUAGUAUCUUUAAAUUUUAGAAUUAUUGGCUCCUACUUCUAUCAUGUCUUAAAAUGGAAAAAAAUAAAAUUUAAUUCCAAAGACACAGAGAUGAAAAAUCACAGAGCAAAUGCUUCUGACCUGUGGUGGAAAGUCACAAGGAGGACACCAGUACAGAUUAAUAUUAUCCCAAGAAAUUACAAACUCUCUUCAGACUCAACACACCUCAGUACAUGGCAACUCUACAUGUCUUUAUUUCAUAAAGUGCUUGCUACUGAUGAGAAGCAAUUCUGUGGUCAUGAAGGGAAAGGGGCUUACCCACUCACCUGUGACUCAGUGCCCAGCAGCAUCUCGCAGGUUCGGAGUUUCCGUUGGUUUCCAUGAGUGUGACCUCCCCGUGAUGCCGGAGUGCCCCGGCUGGCCCAGGCAGGAUAUAAACACGGCCGGCCCCAGAGCACAGGCACUUCUACCCCGGCAUCUGCCAGAGCUCACUCCACCACACAGCCAGGCCCAGGCCACACGAGGAAGACAAGCUCUUGCAUCAUGAUUGCCAAGACUGUGGCUGCUGUCCUGCUCCUGCUCCUGAUCUCAGCGCUUGGAACACGAGGUAAAGAAACCCUUCCUAAAUCUCUCCUGUCUAAUGGCCAGAGCAAACCCUGAUGGGGACACUCUGUGCUCUUACCAGUGCACCAAAGGACUCUCCUAAUGCUGUUAGCAAGAAACCCCAUGUUGUAUUUCCUGGGAAGAUAGUGAAAUGCUUCAUCUUUUUUUGUUUUCCAGCUGAGGCAGUGCCACGCUCGGCCAUUGAACUCCGGUGCCAGUGCAUAAGCACCCAUUCCAAGUUCAUCCAUCCCAAGUUCAUCCAAAACGUGAACCUCACCCCCAGCGGACCUCACUGCAAGAAUGUUGAAGUCAUAGCUACCCUGAGAGAUGGCAGAGAAGUGUGCCUGGAGCCCACUGCUCCCUGGGUGAAGCUGAUCAUCAAGACAAUUCUGGACAAGGCCAACAGCAAAUCUGAGACAGUGUCCUAAAACAAAGAAGAAAAAUGUCCUAACUCCUCCAGCGAGGCAAAAAUAAGGAAGACACUCACCCGGCUUCUGACAGCUCACCUCCUCCUGCCUCCCACAUUCACAACGUCACAGCGUUCAGAAUAUGUAUUCCCCAGUUUGUAGUUAGUUGAUAAGAGUGCUUUUAGUCUUUUAAAUAGGUCUCAUUAUGUAGGAAAGAAACCACGGCCAAGUCAACAAGAAGGCAGAAAAAGUGGCUUGUGAAGGAAUAUGGAGAUGAUUCUGGAAUAAUUUUUGUUAAACACAGCUGGAAGAGUGCAGUGUGUGCCCAGCAGAACUUUUGCUAAAUGACUCCUUCCCUUUUUUGCUAACAGUUUAGGAAAAGACCAGCAACAGCCUCCCCUGCAAAGCAUGGAGAACUAACUUCAACUGUAGCUGGAUCACUGCCACUCACAGUUGCAACUGGCUGAAGAGGGGAGCUCCCAGAAUUAACAUGUCAAAAUUCAGAUACAUCAGGUUCUGUGUCAUCAUUUUCCAGAUAUUAUUUAUUGUGAAUGUAGUGUUGUGAAGGUAUAAGCAUAUAUUUUAAUGCCAUCUUUUGGCUAGAAAAAAGAACUUUACUUAUUUAUAAAAUAUUUAUUUAUUUAUUUAUUUAUCUAUUU